CUAUUGAGCAGCUGCAACAGUUAAAUAAAUAAAAGUGUUAAAAUAAGAAAACAGUAUGAAAACGACAGGCGGUGGCUCGUCGGAGGAGCCGGCCAAAUCUCUAGGCAAAAUAAGCAAAAAGUCUACAAAAUCGCGUUCCAAAAAUACCAAAUUGGAAACUGGUAGCAAGAACUCGGCCUCAGUGUCUAAUGUGGGCGUACCAGUAGGCAGCUUGCCAUCCACGCCCACUCAUCUAAACAUGGCCACAACGCCUACGACCCCAACUACUACUUUGAUCAACUACAAUCUAUUUGAUGCGUCCUUUGCUGUGUCUGGACAUGCACAAGGUGUUGGAUUGGAAAUGAACAACAGUUCCGGCAAAGCUGGCCACCAUAAGAGCUAUGCCGGCUUUGAUCCGCGCAGUAUUAAAAUCUUCUGGGAGCAACAUGAUCAAACGGAUGUGGAACUAUCACAGGAUGUGUGCGCCCGCCUAGCGGAGGAUGCAUCGUACAAAGUUUGGGAGCUUAUAAAUAAUGUGAAGAUUUAUUCGCGUCACUCGGGCGGCGUGGUCACUUACGAUCUAGUCAAUGAGGUGCUCAAGGAUGCGGAUGUGCCGCCCAUGCUGGGUGCUAUGGACAGCGAUUGGGAUUGUAUUGAUUACGAUGGCAGCUAUUUCUUUCACUCGGAUAAAAUUUUUGAACUACGCGAUGAGUUUCAAAAGGAUAUUGCGCUCUCGCUGCCAAACGAUGCGGACUUCCAUUGCAUCUGCGCGGUGGAGGAAAAGAAUACAGAUCACUUAAAGCAGUUUGUGCAGAGUCUGGUAACAGCUGCCAUCUUCGGCGAUGCUCAGUCACGUGGAGUGGCCCUUGCGCAGGCCUUUCAAACGCCUUUAAUGGGCGCUUGCUAUCGCGUCAUAAUUAGUAAAAUGCUCCAGAUGCUCGCCUUUAAACAGCACGAUCAGGUGAGCCAACGCUGCUGGCGAUUGUUGCGCGCUUGUAAUUACAAUGCGCAGGCGAAUCAGAUUAAUUGUCGGCCGGAAUAUUUCAACUUGGCCGAGGUGCUCAUCAGCCAGCUUAUGGCGCCAUAUGAAACCAUCAAGGUGGCCGACAGCAGGCCGCAAUCACAGCAUGUGCCAGUUGCAAUGGAGCUUGAUAAAGAGCUCAAGCUAGAGCCCGGCCUGGGCAGCGAUAUGCAACGUGAACCAUAUGGCAAUCAAGGCAUGGACGUAGAAAAUCAACAGCAGGAACAGCCACAGCCACAGUCACAGCAACACCAGUUAGAACAGCAACCAUCGCAACAGCCAAUUCCUGAGAUUACCUUCACUAGUGAUGCCUCACAGGAGCAAACCAUAUACAAGCUGCAGCUAGACGAUGAUAGCAGCGAAGCCGCCGACAAACAGCAGCAUGAGGAGCCACAGCAGCUCUCCAGCUACUUUGCCAGUCCCGUGGGCAGCAGCUAUGUGGAUGAGCUAUGCGAAACUCUUGGCCAAAUGGCCGCCCAAAGUGGAUAUUUGCAUUCCGAAUGCUUAUUUUUGAUUAAGCGACGAUUGGCGAGAUUUUUUGAAGGUCGUGCCGUGUGCAGCGAACGUGAUUUUCAGUACAUUAGCCGAGCCAUACGUGGGCUUAUUGCAUUGGGUGAAUAUGCCUUUCGAGAGUUUAUACCCUAUAUUUACAAGCUGAAUGUAAACGAUGUGCCCGAUAGUCUAUGGCGGGAUUUGGCACCAGCUGCCAUAUUUCUAGGAGGACGCGAUGAUAUACACUUGUACGAGUGGCUCGAAUUUGGUUGCGGAGCCAGUCUGCAGCCUUUUUUGGUGCACUAUGCCAAUGCAUAUGAGAAAAUGAUCUCCAAGCGAUAUCUACAUGCCAGACAGUUUGCCUUCCGAUUCGAGGCGCAGCCCGGCGUGCGUCGCUUAGAAUGGAGCACUUUGGCAGCUGCCAUGUGUCAUGGCGAUGAUCCCAGCAAGGCUAUCAAACCGAAGCCCACAAUGGAUGAGGCGUUUCCAGAGCUGGUGCAGCCGAAUCUGCGACUCAAUUGCACUGGCACCAUACGCUUCAAAUUUGCCGGCUGCCGACCAGUUCUACUCAAGCCGAAGGGCGUAACGGCAGUGCAGUUCAUGGAUUCGCCUUCAACGAACGGGGGCAACGAUAUUGUACACUCCGACAUACUCAUAGCUAAGCGUAAGAUCUAUAAGCCACCAAGCAAUGUGCGGCGCGUGUUAGCCAACAGUGGCUACCACUACAUGCGCAUAUAAGGCGUGGCAAUAAAAU